GGUACAUCGUCAUAUAUAACCAACCAUCCUUGAUACACUGGUACAAAAUGUUUCCUCGUGCCCCGUCCACCGUCAAGAGGCCGCCCUUUGCGUUUGCUCGCCCUGCCUUACAGGCCUCCUAACCCAGCUUCCGAUUCUCCACGCUUCACACUGAAAACACUGACUAGAAUGCAGCUCACCAACGUGCUCUUGGCUAUCGCCUUGGCCCCGUCUUUGGUCUCUUCCCUCCCAGCGGACAGCAGCGCGAAGCCUCUUACCAGCGACCCCACAGCGGCCAACGCUACGACAAGCGCUUCAUCAUCGUCGUCUGCGCUGAAAGCAUGCUUGCAGCAAUACCCCUUUGAGCAGGUGUACGCCGCCAGCUCCAACUACGCCACUUACAGUCGCCCAGAGAACGAGAACCUGUCAUACAAGGCGUUCGCCAUCGCCUUGCCUUCCAGCGUGGCGGGCGCGUCGGACGUGGUCAAGUGCGUCGCGGCACAGCAAGGCACCCAGAAACUGGCAGUGCGAGGCGGACACCACAGCUACGCGGCCUACGACAUGGGUGGCGGCGACGGGUGGACGGUGCUGGAUUUACGCAAGUUCAACAGCAUCUCCAUCGACAGCAACGCCAAGACCGCCACGGUCGGCGCAGGCGUACGGCUCGGCACGCUGGCGCAGGAGCUGGCGCAAGCCGGGUAUGCGUUGCCACAUGGCACGUGCGCCUACGUCGGUGUCAGCGGACAUGGACUGGGUGGCGGUUACGGGUUUGCGAGCCGGAAGUGGGGCUUCCUGAUGGACCACAUCGUCAGCAUGCAAAUCAUACUCCCCACCACCGGCGAAGUCGUCACCGCGUCGCCGACGCAGAACACCGAUUUGUUCUGGGGUCUACGCGGAGGCGGCCAGAACAACUUUGGUGCCGUGCUCUCCUUCACGUACGCUCUCGAAACGGCACCAACGCAAAUUGUCGACUUUAGCUACGGGUACAGGUCGAACAGCGACUGCGUCAGCGCGCUGCUUGCACUGCAGGAUAUGGUCAGCACAACCAGCAGCUCGGCUGGCUUCCCGGCCGAUUUAACCGCUGAGCUGCUGUGGAUCACCGAGAGCGCUGCUAAUGGCGGGCCGGCUUGCACGCUCGGCGGUCAGCACAUCGGCGCAACGCGCUCGCAACACGACGCUGUUUUCCAGCGCUUUCGCGACGCCGUCAAGAAACACGGCGGCAGUGACUACGACGCCAGUCAGACGACCGUCAAGAGCCACACCACCUGGGCAAACGCGCUUGCGGAUGACCUGGUCAUGGGCGGCUUUGACGUAAGCGACCCCAACUCUGAUCAUGAGCCUUACUACGCCAAAUCGCUCAUUCAGCCUGAAGGCACACUAUACACCAAGGACACGGCCACGUCGCUGAUGAAUCUCCUGAAUGAAUACAGCACCACAGACGGAACCGGCAACUCGAUUUCUUUCGCUGGCUUUGGUCCUCUCUCACUCACAAACAACCUUACCUUAUCGGCCAGCGCUGCCUAUCCGCACCGCGAUACGCUCUUCCUGUACCAGUUCUACUCGUACGGAACAACAACGGAUAAGGUUCGGCAGCGGAUGGCACAGUUGGUGGAUCAGGCCAAGUCGAUCUCAUCCAGUGCGCAGUGGGGCGGGUACGUCAACUACAUUGACAGGCAGCUGCAAGAGUGGGCGAACGCGUACUACGGAAGCGCGCUCACUCGGCUCAAGAGCCUCAAGAGCAAGUACGACCCGAACAACAUUUUCGACUACGCGCAAGGUCUUGCACAUGCGUAAAGGCCAUUAUUUGCUUCCACCCCGAUAACUUUGGGUUGAAGGCAGAGAGACGCUGGACCGCUGCUAUAUUCUGCGUAGAGCGGUGUAUCCUCCUCUCAAGCACCAGCGAAUAGACUCUCACCUGUGCAUUCGUAGCUUUCAAUCAUGGAUUCUCCACUUUAUUGCAAUUCCUC